CAAGGGGGGCGAUAACGAGAGCUCUCGAAUGUCCAAGAGUAUAACCAAUACUAAUGAUGGGGGAGAGCACCGAAAGGUCUCGCAAAGGGCUCAAUACUUUGCUCCAAGAUCAGGUCCUCCUCAAGUACUUCUUGACAACAACAAAGAAAAGGCGUCGUACCGAGUAUGCGAAGACGAGCCUAUCCACAUACCAGGAGCGAUCCAAAACUUUGGUGCACUGCUGGGUAUGAAAUACAAUAACGAGGGAAAGCUCGAAGUAAGAAUCGCAAGUGAGAACACGCGGAAGAUUAUUGGUUAUGGUCCAGAACAGCUCUUCGCAUUGGGCUCUUUUCUGGAUGUCCUGAAGGACGAUGUCCGCGAUGAAAUGGUUGCGCGCAUCGAACAAGCCCUCACAUAUGCAGAUGCAAACAAGAAAGAGACUCGAUUAGAUGUCUUUCAGAUAUCUCUCACCUUCCCAUACGAGCCUGAAACUCGCCUCUGGUGUGCUCUACACGUGGCACCACAACCUGAGAAAAUGGUGGUCUGUGAGUUCGAGGAGUAUGUCGACGCCUUCUACUUGAAGGAUCUCAGAGCAGCCAAGAAUCUUCCUGAUCUUCCUGUACAAUCACUCGGUGCGACCUCUGCAGAGGAUCUGAAAACAAGCACCACCAGCGCAAGCAAACCUCUGCCCGUCCUCCAAAUAGCACGGCAGAGGAAGCACAAAGAGUUCUCAUCACUCGAUCUGUUCAACGCUCUCGCUCAGGCUCAGAAACAAAUCACCGACUGUAACACCGUGCUAGCGGUCGAGGAGGUUGUCGUGGGCGUAAUUUCAGAGUUGACAGGCUUCCAUCGAGUGAUGCUUUACCGUUUUGAUUCGCAGAAGAACGGAUGUGUUGACGCUGAGCUUCUCAACCCUCAAGCGAGUACGGACAUUUUUCGAGGCAAGUCAAAGAAACUCUAUGAUAUGGAUCGAACUAACUUUGCAAAGGGCUACACUAUCCAGCUUCAGAUAUUCCCAAGCAGGCACGAGAAUUAUACAAGAUCAAUCGUGUGCCGACACGAGUCUGAUUUUGAGCGUCCUCUUGAUUUGACCCAUGCGUAUUUGCGUGCGAUGUCUCCAAUUCAUAACAAAUACCUUGCCAACAUGGAAGAGUCAAUAUCCAUUGUCAUCGGGGGCGACUUGUGGGGACUUAUUGCCUGCCAUGGCUAUGGUGAAGAUGGGAUACGUGUGUCGCUUCCGAUCAGAGAGCUUUGCCGAAAUAUUGGAGACUGCGCUGCAGUCAAUAUUCAACAGCUUUCUAUGCAACAGCGCAUAGAAGCUCGCAGACCUCCUCCUUCCGCAAUUCCUACCGCUAAGAACCCUGCUGGCUUACUUGCAACAUCCUCGGCAGACUUGCUCAAACUUGUCGAUGCAGACUUUGCUCUGUUGAGCAUUGAUGAUGAAGCAAGAGCAAUUGGACGAUUGGACCCAUAUCCUGAGGCCAUAGCAAUAAUGUCCUAUCUUCAAUCCCAACAAUUCACCGAGAUCCGCGCUUCGCAAAACAUCAACGCCGACUUUCCAGGGGUCGGUCUCUCUGCUGGGAUCAGUACCAUUGCUGGAUUUCUGUUGAUCCCAUUGAAUAGUGGAGGGGCUAAUGAUUUCCUUGUAUUCUUCCGAAAAAGUCAACUCAAACAUGUCAAAUGGGCAGGGAAUCCUCAUGCAAACGAUAAGAAGGCAGUUGGCGAGUAUCUUGAACCUCGGACCAGCUUCAAACGUUGGGUCGAAACUAUCGAGGGUUCGAGCAAAGAAUGGACAGAUGAUCAACUCGAUAUUGGCUGGGUCCUGAGCUUGUUGUACAGCAGGCUCAUCGAAAUUUGGCGGCAAAAGGGAGUGUCAAAUCAGGGCGAGAAAAUCUCAUCGAUUCGCAACUCAUCUCGAGAACUCCGUACUCCGAUCAAUGCUGUCAACAACUACAUAGAAUUAGCAAUAGAGAAUACUACCGACAACAGAACGCGCCAGAUUCUGGGAAGAGCUCAAGAAGCUUCAAACUCUUUGGUACACGUUAUGGAGGAUCUAUUGAGACUUACAAAAGUUGAUGACACUUCAGCUCAAAAAGUUGGCGACAAGACGUUCAAUCUCAACCUAACAGUGUCAAGGGUCAUGAAAGCUCUACAGAAGGAGGCUCAACGGAAAUCUUUGGAAUUGGGCAUAGCUAUCCAAGACCAAUUGCCAACGAUGGUCAAAGGAGAUGGAGACCGGUUUAAACAAGUGCUUGCCUAUCUCACCAGUAACGCCUUCAGACAAUCUACGAGUGCUGUGGUUGAGAUCAACACUAUACGCACAAAAGAUACUAUUUCGAUUGUCAGCAUUACUGUACAGGAUGCAGGCCCUGGAAUGUCAGAGACAGAACUGGAUGAUACCUUCCAGGAAUUUGAGCAAGCUCAAGAUGGCGACGACUGGCUUUUCGCCACAGAUGAUGCCACUCUCACCUCGAACGGGACAAAGAAGGGGAAAGACUCUGGCUUGGCCAUUAUCGCCCGAUAUGUUCGAAAUAUCGAUGGUCAAAUACGCGUGACAAGUGAGCCAGGGAAAGGGACAAUCUUCACCUUGGAACUCCCAUUCGAGAACGCACCAUCCCCCGAAGCGAUUGUCCCUCGGAAACUUCGAAACUUGUUCUCGCAAUCAUCGUCCAAUUCCACAUCCAAAUUUCCCUUGCCCCCAAGUCACUCGCCACCAUCCUUAAGAUCACCCAAAUCUAAUCGGAACAUGAAGCAGCUAGAAGCAAUGGUGCCUACCCCGAAUGGAGAUUCGCUGUCCUCACGUGGGGGAACUUUUCGACUUAGAGAGAACGGACACGUUGUAGAGGCCGAAAUGCGAGAUCAAGCACCACCAAGCCUCUACCGUCCAAAGAGCGAACCUUCGUCGAUGCCAGAUUUGGAUCAAAACAGUAGGGUCUCAUUCGCUAGUAUGCAUGUACUGGUCGCCGAGGACAACUUCGUGAGCCAGAGAAUGUUGGAAAAGAAACUUUCGCAACUUGGCUAUACGGUAGUCACUGCUUCCGAUGGUCAAGAAGCACAUGAUAGGUUUGUGACAAGCUCUAAUAGCGCUACAAAGAUCGAUGUGAUCCUGAUGGAUAUGAAGAUGCCAUUGGUAGAUGGUGCAUUGAGUGCUCGAAUGAUUCGGUUCUGGGAGAAAGAAUCACAGCUUCGACCGCCGUCUGACGGCCGUGAAGUACAAUCUCCUAAGCAGAGAGUGCCCAUUAUUGCCGUUGCAUCCGAGAUAGACAAUGACAGCAGGUUCGAAUAUAUCCAGAGCGGGUUCGAUGGUUGGGCAUUGAAGCCUCUUGACUUCCGGAGACUGGACCUCAUGCUUCAGGGCGUCAAGGAUGCUGGUAUGAGACGUGACUCUUUGUAUGUCCCGGGCCAGGAGAAUGGUGGUUGGUUCUUUCCUUGA